AUGGAGACCGAAAGUGAGCAGAACUCCAGCUCCACCAGCGGGAGCUCCAGUUCUGGAGGAAGCACCCGUCCUCAGAUAUCGCAGAUGUCUCUCUAUGAGCGACAGGCAGUACAGGCCCUGCAGGCACUCCAGAGACAGCCCAAUGCAGCCCAGUACUUUCAUCAGUUUAUGCUCCAGCAGCAGCUUAACAGUGCCCAGCUUCACAGCCUGGCUGCUGUCCAGCAGGCUACAAUUGCAGCCAGUAGACAGGCCAGCUCCCCCAACACCAGCACCCCGCAACAGACCACCACCACGCAGGCCUCUAUCAACCUAGCCACCACAUCAGCUGCUCAGCUGAUCAGUCGGUCGCAGAGCGUGAGUUCCCCCAGCGCCACAACGCUGACGCAGUCUGUGCUCCUUGGGAAUACCACCUCACCGCCUCUCAACCAGUCACAGGCCCAGAUGUAUCUCCGGCCGCAGCUGGGGAACCUGUUGCAGGUAAACCGGACCUUGGGCCGCAAUGUGCCUCUUGCCUCCCAACUCAUCCUGAUGCCCAACGGGGCUGUGGCCGCUGUCCAGCAGGAGGUACCACCCACUCAGUCUCCUGGGGUCCAUGCAGACACAGACCAGGUGCAGAACUUGGCUGUGAGGAGCCAGCAGACCUCGGCCACUAACGCCCAGCUCCAAGGCUCUGCUCAGAAGGCAGCUCUGCCAGGAAGCUCCCAGGCUUCGGGCUUACCGCAGGCCACCAGCACGGGCCAGACCUUGGCAGUGGGUCAGGCCUCCUCUGGAAGCACAGGCCAGUCCCUCAACUUGAGCCAGGGGGCAGCAGGCAGCAAUGGUGUCUCCGGGGGUGUGGUGGCAAGUGGUGGGAGCCAGACCUCAACGGGAUUGAGCCAGACCUCCUUGGCAGGCGCUGCUGGCAGUUGCCAAAGGAAAGGCACGGGGGUGGUUCAGCCAUUACCGGUAGCAGCUGCCCAGGCCGUGACUGUCAGCCAGGGAAGCCAGACGGAGACAGAGAAUGCAGCCACAAAGAAGGGCGAAACGGACAGCGGCGGACAGCAAACGGUGGGCAUGAACCUGACCAGGACCGCUACACCAGCACCCAGCCAGACGUUGAUCAGCUCAGCCACAUAUACACAGAUCCAGCCACACUCGCUGAUCCAGCAGCAGCAGCAGAUCCACCUGCAGAAGCAAGUGGUGAUCCAGCAGCAGAUCGCCAUUCAUCACCAGCAGCAGUUCCAGCACCGCCAGUCCCAGCUCCUCCACACAGCCACCCAUCUUCAGCUGGCCCAACAGCAGCAAGCACCAUCUCUGACCCAACAGCAGCAGCAAGCUCAACCUCCGCAGCAGCAGGCUCCACCUCAAAACCAGCAGCAGGCUCAGACCCUUGUGGUGCAACCUAUGUUGCAGUCCCAGCCACAGCCUGUGCAGCUCCAGCAGGACAGUCCUUGCCAGCCAGCCACCAAGUCACCUGUUCCAAUUCAGUCAAAAUCUCUGGUCACCCCCAUCAAACCACCUCAGCUUGGGCCUGCCAAAAUGUCAGCAACACAGCAGCCUCCACCACACAUCCCAGUGCAGGUGGUGGGUACUCGGCAGCAGGGCUCAGGCCAAGCCCAAGCACUGGGUUUGGCUCAGAUUGCUGCAGCAGUGCCGACAUCCCGGGGAAUGCCAGCCGUGGUCCAGCCUGUUUCCCAAGCCCAUGCUGCUUCCCCGUCAUCAUCUUCUGCUCCAGCAUCCUCACAGGAAGCUCCUCCUCUCACCACAGGGGUGAAUUUGGCACAAGUUCAAGGCACAGCCCACAUGGUGAAGAGCCCAGCCUCCUCUCCAGUUGUGGCUCAGAUGCCAGCAGCAUUCUACAUGCAGUCUGUCCAGUUGCCAGGCAAGUCUCAGACCUUAGCAGUAAAGCGCAAGGCAGAGUCGGAGGAAGAGAAGGAGGAGUCACCUAGUGUCACUGCAAUCCUGCCUGCCAGGUCCUCUCCUGUGACAGACAGCCCCAAAAACAUGGAGGAGAAGAGUGGCCUUGGAGAUAAAUCUGAUCCUGCUGCCAUUGCAACCCCAAAUACCCCCUCAAGUGAAGGAGCAUCAGUCACCCCCACCUCUGCUCCCACCCCAAACCUGGCAAUGGUGUCACGUCAGAUGGGAGACUCCAAACCCCCACAAGCCAUCGUCAAGCCCCAGAUCCUCACACACAUCAUUGAAGGCUUUGUCAUCCAGGAAGGAGCAGAGCCCUUUCCGGUGGGUUGUUCUCAGCUGCUGAAAGAAUCUGAGAAACCGCUGCAGGGAGAGGCUCCUUCUGGCCAGAGUGAAAACCUGUCCAGCAAUUCUCCGGGAGGGGACAGUGCUUCUAUGGAGCUUGAUAAGAAGGCAAACUUGCUGAAGUGUGAAUACUGUGGGAAGUAUGCCCCAGCAACGCAGUUCCGUGGCUCCAAGAGGUUUUGUUCCAUGACCUGUGCUAAAAGGUACAAUGUCAGCUGCAGCCAUCAGUUUCGGCUGCAGAGAAAGAAGAUGAAGGAAUUCCAGGAAGCUAACUAUGCUCGUGUGCGCCGACGGGGACCACGGCGCAGCAGCUCUGAGAUUGCUCGAACGAAGAUCCAGGGCAAGCGCCACAGGGGCCAGGAAGACUCAAGUCGAGGCUCUGAUAACUCCAGCUAUGAUGAAGCUUUGUCCCCUACAUCUCCAGGACCCCUGUCAGUAAGGGCCAGUCAUGGAGAGAGGGACCUGGCAAACUCUAGUAUGGCCCCACCUACCCCAGAUGUACAUGGCAUCAACCCAGUCUUCCUGUCCAGCAAUCCCAGUCGUUGGAGUGUGGAGGAAGUGUACGAGUUCAUUGCAUCACUGCAAGGGUGCCAGGAAAUUGCUGAGGAGUUUCGGUCACAAGAAAUUGAUGGCCAGGCCCUGUUGCUUCUGAAGGAGGAACACCUCAUGAGUGCCAUGAAUAUUAAGCUGGGACCAGCUCUCAAGAUCUGUGCCAAGAUCAAUGUCCUCAAGGAGACCUAACAGCUCUGAAGCCAGAGGUCUCACUUUUGCUCUGACCCCAGGGCAGCUGCCAGCUUUGGAGCAUCCUACUAGGGUGAGGAAGAAUGGGACAGUCCCCUGUGGUCUUGCAUUCAAGAAGAAUGAGAAGGACUUUAACUGAUUGAAACUGCCAUGCACAAGCCCAUGUCUUGGUCUCUUAAUGGUGCUACAAGGGGGAGGAAAACUCCCACCUGAGGCCUUGAAACAUCUUUCCUUCUUCCUGAUUUUGAAUAUGCCUCUCCCGUAUACCACAUAAAGACGUGAAGGGGACCUCUUUCUGUCUUAGCAGACUUCUGAAAGGGAACUGCCCUUGCCCCUUUUUGCUACAGCAGGUCUGCUAGAUCUUAGUUUUGAAUCUCACUGUGCCAGAACUUGAGGCAUAGGAAGAGCCGGCCCCACAUGGACAUUGGGAGCAGCUGUGCUUGGGGCAUUUAGGAAGGGGAACUAGUAAAUUCCAAGUGACAGAGGCGGACAAACAAGAAUUUGAG